UUAGCAUGGUAUCAGAGAGUGAACGAGUGGCGUAACUCGUGAAUCUGCCAUCUUCGUCAUUCUGCUAGGCACCAGUGUGACCUAGCGGCUCAGCGGACAAUGGGGGAUACUACAUCGCCUUAUUACCUUGGCUCCGGUGACCAACCGGGCAACCUUAUCACACAUGUAUUUUUCAAGGGGGAUAAUUACGUUGCGUGGUCGCGUGCUAUCUCUCUAUCUUUGAAGGCUCGCCGGAAGCAUGGAUUUGUGGACGACACGAUUACAAAACCUGCAGAAGCGACGAGACAGUCCGACUGGAACACCGUCAAUUCCAUGGUGGUGUCCUGGCUUCUACGCAGCAUGGAGCCGUCUGUGGUGACCUCGAUGCCAUUCCAUGAUGAAGCACGGGCUCUGUGGACCUAUCUGGAAAAGAGAUUUAGCGUGGCUAAUGGACCUCGCCUGCAGCAAUUGAAGGCAUCCAUAUCCGCCUGCAAACAAACCAAGGACAUGAGUGUUGACGCUUAUUACACGGCAUUGAUGGGUCUCUAUGACGAGUUAUACACGCUGAAGCCACUGCCGGCGUGUACAUGUGGCCGUUGCACAUGUAAUGUUCUUGGAAAGAUUGCGGCAGAACGAGAGGAAGAGCGGUUCCACCAGUUCUUGGUUGGAAUUGAUGAUGAAUUGUAUGGGACGGUGCGCUCAAAUCUUCUUUCCCAGAACCCGUUGCCGGAUAUUGACUGUGCACUACAAGCAUUCAUCUAGGAGGAAAACUCCAGGGCAGUUGUGCGUGGGAGAAAUGUUGUGGCCGAUGUUCAUGCAUUUGCUCUUCAGGUGGACCGCAUUGCCAAAAACCGUGGUGAAAAAAUCAGAUCGUUCUCGACCUGUUUGUACUCACUGCAAACAGAAGGGCCAUGAAAUUGGCUCAUGCAUUAAACUGCACGGAUACCCGGACUGGUGGGAGGAACGGCACCGUAGCAAGGGCACACCGGCUGGCCGUGGGGGGGGGGGGUCCGGACACAUGCUGUGGCCACUACUCUACUGCCAACAACUGAAGGCUCCUCUUCUUCAACUGCCGACAAUAACGGGCUGGCUAACUUAAGUAAUGAGCAGGUGCAGGCUCUCCAAAGUUUAAUUAGUGCCGAUACUCAAUCCAGUGAGCGGAUGUCGGGUAGGUAUUCUUCCCUUGAGUGGAUCAUUGACACCGGGGAUUCACAUCACGUAACGGGGAACAUCGUUUGUCUUGUAAAUCCCGUUAGCAUUCCUGCCUGUCCGGUGGGACUGCCGGAUGGACGUACAGUGGCUGCGGUCUUGACCGACCGAGUCACUUUGGCUAAGGACCUUAUUCUUGAUAAUGUUCUUUAUGUACCAGGACUUCAGUGCCAUCUUAUUUCUGAGUUACAGUUGACAGAUCAGUCUAAUUGUCUUCUCACUUUUACUAAUAAUCUU